CAACAAACAAACAAACGCACAACGCCCCAAAGCACCUUCACCACCAAGCAAUACAGCAGCAGCAGCAGCCAUCAUGUCGAACAGUGGUCGCUUCAAGGACAUGAACCCUGGCAUGCGCCCGGCGGGGAAGUCCAUGCCCGUGGACAAGGACGGCGUCAAGGCCUCGCUCGUGAUCGCUGAUGAUGGCCGCGAUGAUCACGUGGGCAAGCGUGUGGCACAGAAGUUCGACCCCAAGGUCGACAGCAACAAGGCCUUUGGCAAAGCCUCCGGCCUCGGCCAGGGCCCAUCUGCUGUGCAGAGUCUGAGACCGCGCGAUCGCACUGCGUUCCAAGACGUUGUGGAGUCUCGCACAGCACCAAAGAGGCCACAGGGCACAGCAGUCGACCCCAACAACGUCUUUGGCAUUGCAAACAAGAAAGACGGGAGUGUUCAGGACUGCAUGACGGCGCCAGAUGACGCCGACCCGCCGCUCUCCUCCUCCCUCCGCAUCCCGCGCAACUACGGGCCCGGCCAGCAAACCAUGCGUGACUAUGGCGGGCAGUUCAGUUCGGACCAGCAGUUUGGAAAGCCGACACCCAACGACCCGUCGGGCUCCCUUGUCAAGGGCGUCUUCUCCUGGAACGGCAACGACAAGCCGAAGGCGACCAUCGUGCCGGCGCAGGCAGAGAAGCAACGCCGCGGUGCAGGGCGUGUCGACCCGUCGACGACGGCACCACUCGGAUAUGCGCCACCGGCAGAUCCCAACAGCGCGUCCUCGCUGCUCAACUACGACCGCCAGGCGCAGACCCGCGUGGCGCGCAUGGCCGACCUGGCACGCAAGGCGCGGCCCGAGACGAUGAAGAGGGGCGCAGACCGCAUGCUGGACCUGCAGCGCGCGUUUGAAGAGGCGGAUGCAGACGGAUCCGGGAAACUCAACAAGGACGAGCUUGCAAACGCGAGUGUUCUCGACUUUCAGCGCGCCCUCUCCAACCUCUCGUCCUGA